AUGCCCAAAAGUUACACUCCUCCAUUUGUUCAAAUUAAGUUUUUUUUGUUAAGAUUGGGAUGCCAACAGUUUCAUGGGAAGUGGAAGACCAAUAUUGGCCGGAAGACCAUAAAUACCAAAUGUAACAGCCUCAACUUCCAAUAUGAGCCACACAGCCCAACCUCACAUACGAGGAUUAAAGGAAUACAUAAAGCCGCCAAAGGUUUUUCACAACAUGAACGAUACAGAGUUGCUAUGGAGAGCUUCCAUGACUCCUAG